AUGGAUCCUUUUUCUCUCGUAUUACCUACAAUUUGGUCUAUAUGCCUUCACCUACUUCUUCUCUUUACUUUGAACUCACUAUGGUUUACCACAAACACAAGUGCCUCUGCAUCUGCAGGAAAUGAGAGUGAUCACAUGGCAUUGCUCAAAUUCAAGGAAUCAAUAUCCAGUGACCCACGUGGAAUCUUAGGUUCUUGGAAUAGUUCUGCCCACUUUUGCAACUGGUAUGGAAUCACAUGCAGCCCCAUGCAUCAAAGAGUUACAGAGUUGAACCUACAAGGAUAUCACUUACAUGGGUUCAUAUCUCCACAAGUUGGCAAUCUCUCUUUUCUUAUAAACCUCAACCUCAAGAACAACAGCUUCUAUGGAAAAAUUCCACAAGAAUUGGGUCGGUUGUUACAACUGCAACAACUCUAUCUCAGCAAUAACUCAUUGGUUGGGGAAAUACCUACAAACUUGACAAGUUGCUCUAAUCUUCAAGGCUUACACUUGUCAGGGAACAAUCUGAUUGGCAACAUACCAAUUGAAAUUGGCUCUCUUGGGAAGCUCCAACAAGUAUUCAUUACUCAAAACAAUUUAACAGGACAAAUCCCACCAUCCAUAGGGAAUCUUUCAUCCCUUACUGAUCUUAAUGUGUUUUCUAAUAGCUUGGAGGGAAAUAUUCCACAAGAAAUAUGCAGCUUGAAAAACUUAGCAACAAUAUCAGUGGGGAUCAAUAAACUAUCUGGUAAACUUCUUUCUUGUCUUUACAAUAUGUCAUCUCUCACUUUAUUCUCUGUUGAUACGAACCAAUUUAAUGGUUCUCUUCCACCAGAAAUGUUCCUCACACUCCCUAAUCUCCAAACAUUUUUCAUUGGUGGGAAUCAAAUCACAGGGAAAAUCCCAACUUCCAUCACAAAUGCAACUACCCUUCAAGCAUUUGAUAUCACUGAAAACUAUAUGGUAGGACAAGUUCCAAGUCUAGGGAAGCUAAGAGAUAUUCGGCUCCUAGAUCUGUCUCAUAACAAUCUAGGAGGAAACUCAACAGAAGAUUUGGAGUUUUUAAAAUCAUUGACAAAUUGUAGUAAGUUGAAUGUGGUUGAUAUAUCCACCAAUAAUUUUGGAGGUCAUUUACCAGAUUCCUUGGGAAAUUUUUCCACCCAACUCAAUUACCUAUAUCUUGGGAGCAAUCAUAUAUCAGGACAAAUUCCGGUGACAUUAGGAAAUCUAAUUAGCUUAAUACUUUUGACCAUGGAAAAUAACAGAGUUGAAGGGGUGAUUCCAACUACUUUUGGGAAGUUUCAAAAUUUGCAAGUGUUAGAAUUGAUUGGGAACAAGCUGUCAGGAGAUAUACCAGCCUUCAUAGGCAACCUAAGUCAGUUGUAUCAUUUGGGUUUAGGACAGAAUACGUUAGAAGGAAAUAUUCCUCCAAGCAUAGGAAACUGCCAAAAGUUAGAAUACUUAGACCUUUCUCAAAACAACCUUAGAGGAACCAUACCCUCAGAGGUAUUUAGUCUUUUCUCUUUAACAAACUUAUUGGACCUAUCACAAAACUCAUUGAGUGGUAAUAUACCAGAAGAAGUGGGAAGGCUAACAAAUAUUGAUAUGUUGAAUGUCUCUGAGAACCAUUUGUCUGGGAAUAUUCCUGGAGCCAUUGGAGAAUGCAUAAGCUUGGAGUACCUUUAUUUGCAAGGGAAUUCCUUCGAUGGAAUCAUACCAUCCUCUUUGUCUUCAUUAAAAGGUCUUCAACGUUUAGACUUAUCACGAAACAGCUUGUCUGGAUCAAUUCCUAAAGAUCUGCAAAAUAUUUCUUUCUUGGAGUACCUGAAUGUGUCUUUUAACAUGUUGGAUGGCGAGGUACCAACUGGAGGUGUCUUUCGAAAUGCAAGUGCGUUAGCAGUCACUGGAAAUGAUAAGCUUUGUGGAGGUAUUUCUGAGCUGCAUCUACUACCAUGCCUUGUCAAAGGUGAGAAACAUGCAAAUCACCAUAAUUUCAUAUUGAUAGCUGUGAUAGUUAGUGUGGUUGCUUUUCUUCUCAUACUUCUAUUUAUUCUUACUACCUACUGGUCGAGGAAAAGAAACGAGGAAUCACCUUCUUAUUCAUCAACAAAUGACCAAUUGGUGAAGGUUUCAUACGAAAACCUACACUAUGGAACCGAUGGGUUCUCAACUAGAAACUUGAUUGGAUCAGGAAGUUUUGGUUCUGUGUACAAAGGAACUCUUGCAUCAGAAGAUAAAUUUGUUGCCAUAAAGGUCCUAAAUCUUCAAAAGAAGGGAGCUCACAAGAGUUUUAUUGCUGAAUGUAAUGCACUCAAAAAUAUUAGACAUCGAAAUCUUGUUAGGAUUUUAACAUGUUGUUCGAGUGCUGAUUACAAUGGUCAAGAAUUUAAAGCUCUAGUUUUUGAGUACAUGGAAAAUGGAAGCUUAGAACAAUGGCUGCAUCCAAGUACAGUAAAUGUGAAGCCUCCAAGAACAUUGGACCUUGGUCAAAGAUUACAUAUCAUUAUUGAUGUUGCUUUUGCUUUACACUAUCUUCAUCAUGAGUGUGAGAAACCUAUCAUUCAUUGUGAUUUAAAGCCAAGCAAUAUCCUUCUUGAUGAUGACAUGAUUGCUCAUGUGAGUGAUUUUGGCAUAGCAAGACUUGUCUCAACCAUUAGUGGCACCUCUCUUAAGCAAACUAGCACAACUGGGCUAAUUGGGACUAUUGGCUAUGCUCCUCCAGAGUAUGGAAUGGGUUCUGAAGUGUCUACAUAUGGUGACAUCUAUAGCUUUGGGGUUCUUAUGUUGGAAAUGCUUACUGGAAGAAGGCCCACAGAUGAAAUAUUUGAGGGUGGUCAAAAUCUUCAUAACUUUGUUGAAAUUUCAUUUCCUGAGAAUCUGUUACAGAUUUUGGACCCAUCUCUUGUAUCAGUGGAUAAUGAAGCAGCAAUAGAAGAAGAAAAAAAUGGGAAUCUAAAUAAAAAUGUUGAAAAGUGCUUAAUUUCACUUUUUAGGAUUGGACUAGCUUGUUCAAUGGAAUCACCGAAAACAAGAAUGAGUAUGGUUGAUGUCACUAGGGAGCUUGAUCUAAUCAAAAGUUUCUUUCCUUCUGGUGGGAUUGAUGGUGGCUAA